GCGUGGAGCCUGGUAACCGUUGCCGGUAACAACGCCCCGCCCCGUCGCGGCAGGCGGGCAGGCAGGCGGCGCGAGGCCGGCGGGCGGGCGGGCGGCGGGAGCCGGAGGAGGAGCGGCCGCCGCCGCCACCGCCGCCGCCAUAGAGACUGUAGCCGUGGAGACUGUUACUUACCAACGGGGACCAACACGCAGCAGCAGCAGCCGCCGCAGCCGCCGGAGCCGCUGCCCGAACUCCCGGCCGGAACUCCAGAACUGAGCAUGCAGAAUUCGGAGAGUGGAUCAGAGUCGCCGGCGUCCGUGGCCCUGCGACCGUCAGCAGCAGCCCAGCCUGUGCCAGCCUCCCCACAGAGGGUAUUGGUCCAGGCAGCCAGCUCUGCCCCCAAAGGGGCCCAGAUGCAGCCCAUCUCUCUCCCAAGAGUACAGCAGGUGCCACAGCAGGUGCAGCCGGUGCAGCACGUGUACCCUGCCCAGGUGCAGUACGUGGAGGGGGGAGACACUGUCUACACGAAUGGAGCCAUACGCACAGCCUACGCCUACAACCCCGAGCCUCAGAUGUACGCCCCCAGCAGCACGGCUUCUUACUUCGAGGCCCCAGGAGGUGCGCAGGUGACGGUGGCAGCCUCGUCCCUGCCCACGGUGCCCUCCCACAGCAUGGUGGGCAUCACCAUGGAUGUCGGGGGCAGCCCCAUCGUCUCCAGCGCGGGAGCCUAUCUCAUCCACGGGGGCAUGGACGGCGCACGACACUCCCUGGCCCACACCUCCCGGUCAUCGCCAGCCACGCUUGAAAUGGCGAUUGAAAACCUCCAAAAAAGCGAAGGAAUCACAUCACACAAAAGCGGUUUACUCAACAGCCAUCUGCAGUGGCUGUUGGACAACUACGAGACGGCGGAGGGCGUGAGCCUGCCCAGGAGCUCCCUCUACAACCACUACCUUCGCCACUGCCAGGAGCACAAGCUGGACCCCGUGAACGCCGCUUCCUUUGGGAAGCUGAUCCGCUCCGUGUUUAUGGGACUGAGGACGCGGCGCCUGGGCACCAGGGGCAACUCGAAGUAUCAUUAUUAUGGGAUCCGCCUGAAGCCAGACUCCCCGCUGAACCGGCUGCAGGAGGACACGCAGUACAUGGCCAUGCGGCAGCAGCCCGUGCACCAGAAGCCCAGGUAUCGGCCAGCACAGAAGACGGACAGCCUCGGGGACAGCGGCCCCCACAGCGGCCCGCACAGCGCGCCCGAGCAGGCCGUGGCAGCGCAGAGCCAGCACCACCAGCAGUACAUAGACGUCUCCCACGUCUUCCCAGAGUUCCCGGCACCCGACCUGGGCAGCGUCCUGCUGCAGGACAGCAUCACCCUGCAUGACGUCAAGGCCCUGCAGCUCGCGUACAGACGGCACUGCGAGGCGACUCUCGAUGUCGUGAUGAACCUGCAGUUUCACUACAUUGAGAAGCUGUGGCUCUCCUUCUGGAACUCUAAGGCCUCUGCCAGCGACGGCCCCGCCUCUCUCCCAGCCAGUGACGAGGAGCCCGAAGGCGCCGUCCUGCCCAAGGACAAGCUCAUCUCUCUGUGCAAACACGACCCCAUCCUCAAGUGGAUGCGGAGCUGCGACCACAUCCUGUACCAGGCCCUGGUGGAGAUUCUCAUCCCUGACGUGCUCAGGCCGGUCCCCAGUACCUUGACACAGGCCAUCCGGAAUUUUGCCAAGAGCUUGGAAGGCUGGUUGACAAACGCCAUGAGCGACUUCCCGCAGCAGGUCAUCCAGACCAAGGUCGGUGUCGUCGGAGCCUUCGCGCAGACACUGCGGCGCUACACGUCCCUCAACCACCUGGCGCAGGCGGCCCGGGCGGUGCUUCAGAACACGUCCCAGAUCAACCAGAUGCUCAGCGACCUCAACCGCGUGGACUUCGCCAACGUGCAGGAACAGGCCUCAUGGGUGUGCCAGUGUGACGAGAGUGUGGUGCAGCGGCUGGAGCAGGACUUCAAGCUGACCCUGCAGCAGCAGAGCUCCCUGGAUCAGUGGGCCAGCUGGCUGGACAACGUGGUCACCCAGGUCCUGAAGCAGCACGUGGGCAGCCCCAGCUUCCCCAAGGCCGCCCGGCAGUUCCUACUGAAAUGGUCCUUUUACAGCUCCAUGGUGAUCCGGGACCUGACCCUGCGCAGCGCCGCCAGCUUUGGCUCCUUCCACCUCAUCCGCCUGCUCUACGACGAGUACAUGUUCUACCUGGUCGAGCACCGCGUGGCCGAGGCCACCGGAGAGACGCCGAUCGCCGUGAUGGGAGAGUUCAACGAUCUCGCCUCCCUGUCGCUGACGCUGCUCGAUAAAGAUGACAUCAGCGAUGAGCAGCAUGGCAGUGAGGCCGACCCGGGCGAGCCCCUGGUGAAGCGGGAGCGCAGUGACCCGAACCACUCCCUGCAGGGCAUCUAGCACUGGCGGGCGCCUUCCGAGAGGUUCCGGAAGAUGUCGCCCGGCCACUCUGGGAACUUGGACUUCACCGGCCCUACCGCGCUCGUGCCUCUCAGAUGAUGUGAUGUUUACUCUGACUCAAGGGGGUGCCCGGGGUCAGCGCCCUCAAAGGACGAGUUAUUGUUCAAGAAGAAAAACGGUGUUAAAGCUGCAGUAGUUCACAUCGGGGCUCCCACCGCCCGUGGCUGUACUCUGGGCUUCCUGAGUGCCCGGGCAGCCCACCAGGGGCCACCCCAGACCUUCCAUUCCUUAUUCCGGACAAACCCUCCUCUGCUGGAAUUGUGAACUUUGCCCAGAGUCCCUGAAGGACUGUGGUGCCGCUGUUGGGCAGGUACAGAGCUCGCCGGCAUCUCUGGGGUCCCCUCAGGAAUGGAAAGCACAGUGCCCUCGCCCUGCCACCUCUGUCAGGGAAGGGACCCAUCUCAGCAGCUGCACCUCGUGGCCUUUCGUGGACAGACUGUCCUCUGCUCCCUACCCUGCUGGCCUCUGCCCGGCUGGGGAGACCUCCCGGCCCGCGGGAGCCAGAUCUCUAGACGCCAAAGGACUCACCAGAAGCAGUUGGCAAUGGCGGUGUUUCUGGACGCAUCCGCAGCCUAAAAAAGAACAAGCCAUGGAAACGGGCCCAUUUGUGCCAAGACGCCACAGUGUCUUCUAAAAACUCCAAACCGGAAGUUCUAUCGGCAACAGCAAGGAUAUGGGGUUCGGUCCAAGUUCACAGUCAACAUCAAGCCAAGCCAUUGGCUCUGGAAUGAUCUGUUCUAGGAGGUCAGCACUAACGUCCUCGCCUUCAGGGGCAGCCAGCCCUCGCGUCCGCAAAUAGCAGUGUCUGCCACCACUCCACGGAGUCUUCCAGAACACCUCCCUCCGCAUUAGCCGUCCUGGAGCACUCCGACCCCCUGUGAGUCCCACCUUGACCUCUUCAAAGUCAAAACUCUUUGGGGACAAAUACCCUGAACUUUCGACACUCCGAAUUUGCCUCUUCCUUGGAAACACGUAGCCGCUGCGCUCAGAUUGCUGCGUGCGAGAGUUCUGCCCCAACACCAGCUGCAAAAACGAAAGUCAACCCUUGGUCUAGGAAGCACUGUCUAAUGAAAUGCAAUAGUUUCUCUUUUUGGAAAGAUGUUCAUACCAAUAGUUUUGUGCUCUAAUUGUUAUUAGAACGUUUUCUUAUGAAUGUGUAUAUUGCCGUAUAUUCAGUUCCAAAUAUUUUGUUCUCGCUCACACAGAAGGUACUAAUGUAAACUCACGUGGCCUUUAAAAAUCUUACUUCCCAGCAAGCAGGAGCGCGGUGCAUCGCUCUCUGGCACCGGGAACAGAGAUGCGCGCUUAUUUUAGAAGCAAAAAGUCCGUAAUAAUCACAAUGUUUAUCUGGUCUUUAUAGUUCAAAACUUAGAUGAAAUCAGACAGAAAGAAUGUCUUUAAAAUAUAUGUCUCCUCUCCUGGGAGACAUUUAAGCUCGUGGUUAACGGAUUGUAAUGACCCAGCUUUUCUUCCAUUUGUGGUAACCAGUGCAAACUGGGUUUCUGCCUUACGCUCCGUCAUGUCUUUCGGAGAAAUAGAAAUGACCGUGAA